AUGGACCAACAGGCAAAAAAAAUAGUUAAAAAGCGUUCUCCAAAAGCUAAUAAAGGUGAAUGGAAAAGAUUAAAAAUGCAAAAUUUAAGAAUGACUGGUAAAUCCUAUGUAGGAUAUCACAGAAAAGAUAAUGUUGUUGAACAACAUGUGCAGAGACCUAGUAGAAUAUUAGAUAACACUUGCAGUUCAACGUUCUGUAUUAAAGCUAAAAAACGAUUUUGUAAUAAAUUUAUUGAACGUCAACGAUUACAAAUUUUCAAUCGAUUUUGGGCUACAUCCUGCAGUGAAAAAAAAUAUAUGUGA